AUGGAGAACUACCGGGCCACGUUUCUAUUGGAUUUGGGAACGUUGAUGCGUUCGGAAACACUGGACCCAACUCCCACGCUGAGGGAAGUUAAGGAUGCCAUUCAACAGCUCAAGAACAACAAAGCAGCUGGUAAGGAUGGUAUCGCAGCCAAACUCAUCAAGAUGGGUCCAGAAAAUUCGGCCACCUGCCUGCACCGGAUCAUAGUCAGGAUCUGGGAAACAGAACAGCUACCGGUGGAGUGGAAGGAGGGGGCGGCAUACGAGAGUAUCGACCGCACAGAGCUAUGGAAAAUCAUGGACGAGAACGGCAUUCCUUGGAAGUUGAUCAGACUGAUCAAAGCAACGAUGGACGGUGUGCAAAACUGCGUAAGGGUUUCGGGUGAACUAUCCAGUUCAUUCGAAUCUCGCCGGGGACUGUGA